CUCCUGAUUUCACCCUGCCUGACACGCGCACGCGCACAUGAGCUGCGUGUGUGCGAGCAGGGAGGCAGCCGCUCUCUCUCUCUCUCUUCCUCCCUCUCUCUCUCUCUCUCUGUUUCUCCGUUUCUCUGUUUCUGUUUCCACUCGCGCAACUUUUCCUUUUCCUGCAGCCGCGCGUCCCGCGACCUUCCCACGGCUCCGUCCGUGGACCUAGUGGAUCUAAGUACCCGGGACCAAGACCCGGGACCAGGACCAGGACCAGGACCAGGACCAGGAACCAGGACUAGGGACCGAGAACCGACGGAGUCCCGGAGUCUCCCGGUGCGCUGUCACCCGCCGCGGGGACGCGCAGCGGAGACGCGCAGCUGGAAGUAACGUUUGUGGACUUGAUGACUCAGACCCGAGGACAGUCGGACACAAAGGGCGGCUCCAUGAGGACGCUCCCCGUCAGGACUCCUGGUAACGGCAGCCUGAGCAGCUGCAGCGCGACAGGUCUUCUGGUGAAAAAGCCCUGAAUGACUGGAGUCUGCGGAGGAUCCACGAGCACGACUCCUCCCACAAACGCUGAUUUCUCGAGGAUUCUUGAAAAGAAAAACAACGCACAAUAUUGCCGGCUUUGCAAAAAUGGCUAAAAAGGAGCCGCGCCUCUGAUGUCAUCGGCUCCCGCGGCGCCGCUAACUGUUUCGGUCCGACCCGGAGAUGGACGGGAACUACCCGUUUCUGUGAACUCGUUGGCAGCCCCUCAAAGGUUUAGCGAUGAUGCCUGGGAGUUGUGAGACCUUGUAACCCUCCAGCACCCCCCCCCCCACUCGACCGUAGAGGAGCCUCGCGGAGAUGGAGACUCGCGAUCCGGCCGCCGCGGGGCAGAAAUGCUCCAACAGGGAUUACGUGAAGGAGAAGGUGCCCCUGCAGAGGAAGUGGGCGUCAGAACCUUCCGCAAACACCAAACGAAACACUUUCGCCGACCCGGACGUCAAACACCGGGAGAGUUUGCCAUGCGGUGCUACCGGGGGAUCGGCGCCCCACCACAAAUACGCAAUCAAAGGGAAUUCUGCAAAGCUGCUAUCCGGAGCCUCUGCGGUUGGAGCCAUUGGGGGAUCUCAAGACCCCCAGGGGCCCUUCGCGCAGGGAUUCCACCGGGAAUACUCCUACCAGCUGGGCCAGCCAUACCCCCAACAUCCCCAAACUGAGCGCUUCGUCUCAGGAGCCAAACCACCGCCGGGCCUGGAGCCCCACGCCUGGCCGUUCGCCGGCCAGCUGCCCCUGGACGACCUCUACCCCGUGGGACACCCGGGCCACACCCACCCGCACGGGGCGGGGCCCGGGAGGUUCCCCCGGCAGAAAUCUCCCAGUUUACCCAGCUCCUUCGGACAGUAUUCCCAGUCGGGCGGCGAGCCCGGCGAGGAGGGCUACAGCAAAAAAGAGCAGAAGCCAAAAAAACUCGGCAAGUACAAGUGCAACUUCUGCGGCCGGCUGUGCGCCAAGCCCAGCGUCCUGAAGAAGCACAUCCGCUCGCACACGGGCGAGCGGCCGUAUCCCUGCGAACCCUGCGGCUUCUCCUUCAAGACCAAGAGCAACCUUUACAAGCACCGGAAGUCCCACGCUCACGCCAUCAAAGCCGGCCUCGUGCCGUUCUCCUCGGAGCUGGCCGUGCACCGGAGCGGAGACAUGGACCACGCGUCGCCGGCGGGCGAUGGGGCGGAGGCGCCGUCGGACGGAGAGCAGAGCACCGACACCGACGAGGAAGGUGUGGACGGCUCCACCAUGCUGACGGACAAGGACAGCCCCAUCCCCCAGAUCUCCUUUGAAGCCGACAAACACUCAGGUGGUGUGGAACCAGCAUAUGCAGACUCAGCUGAAGAACUCCCUAUGGGAUCAAUGAAAGUGCCUAUCCUCAUCUUUCCCAAGUCCGGGGGAAUCCCUCCGACGGGGCUGGAGUGCCCCCCCUUUCACGACAUUAAGGGGUCGCACCACAUGUUGGCAUCACAAGCUGGUGGAAGGUCGCAAUCGCUGGACGACUCCCCCACCAUCAGGCAGCGACUGGCCCUGAGGCUAAACGAGAAGAAGGGGCAGGACUCGGACCCCGGCAUGUCCCAGUCCCUGAACCUCCUCAGUCCGCACAGCAAAGGCAGCACAGACUCGGGAUACUUCUCCCCCUUCGACAGUGCAGAGCUGCAGAUCGGCACGCCAAACGCCAACGUCAAGACGUACGAGGAGAUUAUGUUCGGUCGGACCUGGUACAACCGACCCAACUCCCGGUCGAGGCAGCCCAUCACCGUAGGGAUGGCCAUGGCCGACCCCAACAGCCUGGUGAGUCUGAAGCAGCCCGGGCCGAUUCCGGACAUGGGGAAGAUCGCCGAAGACCACAUCUCGUAUCGAGGGAACCAAGGGAUCUGCGGAGAUGCCAAGCAGUACCCGACCGGCCCGUGCCAGAGCAGCACGGGACUCCUGGAGCCGCCGUCGGACUCGGGGCCUCUUUUCAGAAGCAACUCCAUGCCGACUCCGUCCCCUCCGAACCUCAGCGCCCCUCAAGGGAUCCGGGGGAGCGUCUCCUUCGAUAACAUGGUGGCGCCGGACGACGUGUUCUACCCACCUGGCCACCCCCGGCUCAAACGGCAGAGCGCGUUCGAGCAUUCGGCCAACGAAGCCCACGUUGGGGAAGCUUGCGAGGGCUAUGGACACGUGCCCAAGGGUUUGGCGUCGUCUAUGGGCGUUAAGGUCGCCGAGCGCGGCCCGGGGGGCCCGGAACACCUCGGCUACGGCACAUACGGUACUAAAGUGAGCCUGUCGGAGAUAGCGACGAGGAAGAGGAGGAAAGAGAAGAGCGUCGGGGACGACGAGGACAGCCCCGGGAACUGUGACAGUAGCUGUAGCGGCUCGGUGGAGAUGCUGGGGGACUACGAGUUGAAGCACGGUAGCUUCGACGGGUCCAGGGCCACUCCCACGGGGAAGGGCUCCCUCCACAGCGCUCACAGCCAGUCCGAUAGCUUUGAGACCUGCACCAGCAUGUGCUCCGAGGACCUGUACCCGGACGCCGAGGGCAGGAAGGCGGUAGGGAACGUCAUAUCGGUCAUCCAGCACACCAACUCGCUCAGCCGUCCCAACUCCUUCGAGAAGUCGGAGUCCUUCGAGCAGCCGGGGUACCAGCCCUCGGACAAGGCUCCGUCCAGCCAGUACUCGGAGCAGUCCGACACGGACAUCUUCGAGGAUGCCCUGAGUCCCGAGUCCGCCCUCCUGAGGACGGAGAGCAUGGAGCAGCAGCUGCAGAGCGACAGCGACCUGGCCUCCCUGUCGUCGUCCUCCGCCGCGCCUUCCCCCGGCCAGCCUUUCCACAAACUGGUCCGCCAGCCCAACAUCCAGGUUCCCGAAAUCCGGGUGACGGAGGAGCCGGACAAGCCCGAGAAGGACGCCGACGCGCCGGCGGCCAAGGAGCCGGAGAAGCCGCAGCACGUGGAGGAGUUCCAGCUGCCCCAGCGCAGCGACACGCUUUCCCAGAUGCCCACGGAGAAGCUCCCGCCCAAGAAGAAGAGGCUGCGCCUCGCGGACAUGGAGCACUCGUCAGGAGAAUCCAGCUUCGAGUCAACCUGCACCAGCCUCUCUCGCAGUCCCAGUCAGGAGAGCAACCUGUCCCAUUCCUCGUCCCUUUCCAUGUCCUUCGACAGAGAUGAAGGCCUCAAGUCCGUCUCGCCAACAAAGCAGGAGGACUCUGGAUCGAAGGCGUCGGAGUUCCUGACCGUCCCCGGCAGCGGUUAUUCCAGCCACCACCAGCAGCGGGAGAUGCGGAGGUCUUCGUCGGAGCAGGCGCCCUGCACGCUGCCCACCGAGCUGCCGGAGAUGCGCAGCAAAUCCUUCGACUACGGCAGCCUGCCCUCCAGCAGGCAGGGGGAGCUCUACUCCAGCGCCUCGGCCAAGAAGGAGCGCCGGCGGGGAUAUCUGGUCCGACAGGCAUCGCUGAGUGUUUAUCCAGAGGCCGUCCUGCAGGAGCCAGGCGGAGCGCAAGUGUCAAUCAAACAGGAGAGUCUGGAGCUCGGGACGUGGCCGAGCCCGACGGGGUCCCCCCACGGCGGCACCGACGUGGUCAGCAGAGCCAAGAGAGCUGGUGGAUCUCACCACCACCAGCACCUCCACCACCAGAGCAUCAGUGAAGACAGCCUCCAAGACGAACCGCCCUAUGGAAGGUCCCAGCUGGCUCGCCUCCAGGCCCAGGGCUCCUCGUCUGAGGGGGAGUAUCCAGGCCACGAGGCCAUGAACAAGGACUUAAUCCAGCAGUACCAAAGUGGCCCCCCCUUCAUUUCCAUCUCGCAGCCGGGUCUGUUUUGGAGCCAGGAUUCGGAGCAGACGCCCAGACAGCAGCCGAGCCUCCAGACUCAACACCAACUCCAGAAACUGCACAGCAGACCACCUGGCCACCUACCCGCACACUCGCCUCUGAAGCAAAUCCACAAUCCACAACCGUAUGCUGAGAAGUCAGAAAACCCGAGCUCCCUUGUUUAUAGUUCGUCUCUCUCGUCUCGCGGCUCUCCUCUGUCUCAGCAGCAGAAUGUAGGCAUGGCCUCCUCAAAGCUCCCGCUGCCCAGCUCCAAUCCCUCCCAGCCUGCCUUCGCCACCCAGGGCUCCCUAGGCGCCCUGCCAGGUUGCCUGGUACCCGUACGGAUCCAGACCCAUGUGCCAUUGUUCGGUAGCGCUAUGUACACAAGUGUUAGCCACCUGAUAGCUUCCCAUCGUCAUGGAGCGACGGGUUUGAGCCUAGACGACGCCGAUGGAGGUCACGCUUCACAUCAAGCUGGUGCCGCAAGCAUCGGCAAGCCGCCCGGAGGGGUCGUCGGGGGCAUGAGUGGGACGGGGUUCAACUUAUCGCUCCUCCUGGGACAGACGCUCUGGAAGAGCGGCGAUUCGCCGUCGGAGCAACACGUGAACACGGGGAUUCCCCUGUCGCUAACGUCCGGCACCAUUUCCACCACGGACGCCUCGGGAUCCGGCGCUGGGGGCGGCGGCAAGCGCAUGCUCUCUCCGGCCAGCUCGCUCGAGCUCUUCAUCGAGACCAAGCAGCAGAAGAGGGUGAAGGAGGAGAGGAUGUACGGGCAGAUCGUCAAGGAGAUGAGUGCGGUGGAGCUGAGUGGAACCGAAGGCGGCACCAACCCUGAAAAGCUCAAGGGUCCGAAGUCCCGUUUGCAACACGAAAGCUCCAUGGACGAUUCUGAGAAGAUGUCCUCCUCGCCUCCACUGAGCGAUUUCCCGUCCGCCGCGAAGAUAGCCAUCCCGGUCCGGUCCUCGGCGCCCCAGCCCUCCGAUGUCCCACGGGCCGAGAGCUUCACGCCGCCUCUGCAGAUAGUCACGGACCGUUCCCCGGUUUCUGGCGGCCGGGACUCCCCGGAGGAGCUGGACGUGGACGAGGUUUCCCCCGAGCGCAACUCCAGCCCGGAACCCAUGCUGUCGUCCAACGGGGACUCGGGGACGGCGGUGGGUCUUCUCCUCAGAGACGCCCAGCAGUUCUUCCAGUUUCCAAGCCUGCGCACCAUGACCAAGCUCAGCUGGUGCUUCAGGAACUACACCAAGCCCAACAGCAGCCAGGUCGCGUUGCGCGGCUCCGUCUACGCUUCGUGGUGCGUCAGCUCGUACAACCCCAACCCGCUCAACCUCAGCACCAAGGCGGCGCUGGCUCUGCUCAGGUCCAAACAGAGGACCAACACCGACCUGAUGUACACCACGGCAGCCAAGUCCCCCCCCAGCUCCGGGAAGCUGGUCUCCUCCGUGGCCUGGAAGCUGCGGUUCGACCAGUUGAAGCAGGAGUUGAUGCCGGUGGAAGUGGGUCACUAUGGGAGGAAGAUGAAGGGGGUGGUGUCGUGGGACCGAUCGAAGGACGAGCAGGUGGAGAAGGAGGUGUCCGUCAAGCAGGCCGCCGAGCCGACACGCAUCAAGAUCUUCGAAGGCGGGUACAAGUCCAACGAGGACUACGUCUACGUCCGCGGCCGAGGCCGGGGGAAGUACAUCUGCGAGGAAUGCGGCAUCCGCUGCAAGAAGCCCAGCAUGCUGAAGAAGCACAUCCGCACGCACACCGACGUCCGGCCGUACGUCUGCAAGUUCUGCAACUUCGCCUUCAAGACCAAAGGAAACCUGACGAAGCACAUGAAGUCUAAGGCUCAUAUGAAAAAGUGUCUGGAGUUGGGAGUCUCCAUGUCCUCGGUGGAGGACGGGGAUGCGGACGAAGGAGACGGCGGCGAGGACGGCCCGCGGUGCUCGGAGAAGCCGUCCAGAGACGCGGCCGACCACCAGUUCUCCGACGCCGACGACUCGGACGGCGGCGACGAGGACGGGGACGAGGUGGACGAGGACGACGAGGAGGACGACGAGUACGACGGGGACUCCACCCCCAAGACGCGCUCGCGCUCCACCAGCCCGUCCCCCUUCAGCCUGCCCUCCCUGUCCGUCACGGCCGUGGCCGCCGCCCACCCGGCCCCCGGCCCCGCCCACGACCUCCUGGGGGGCGGGGCCCGGCCGCCGCUGUUCGGCUACUUCACCACGGUGCCGAGCAUCCGCAUCACGCCGCAGGCGCCGCCCGGCGACCCCGCCGAGUACCAGCGGGGGCAGCAGAGGCUUCUGGGUAGCCGGCUGCUGGUGCCGUCCCCCUCCUCCUCCUCCAUGGACGAGGACCUGCCCUCCCCCGACCCGUCCUCCCGCCUGUCCUCGCCGGGCCUGGACCUGUCCGGCUGCCCGUCCCCCGCCUCGCCGUCCUCCUCGCCGUCGGCGCGCCGCUACCUCUCCCCCCGCCGCGACCUUUCACCCCGCCACCUGUCGCCGCGGCGGGACGUCUCCCCGCUGCGCCACCCGUCCCCCAAGAGGGAGCUGGGGGGCGGGUACCGCCGGGACCUGUCCCCGCGGCGGAGGCACCUGUCCGUCAUCUCGCCGCUGUCCCGCCCCACGUCGCCCGGGGGGCGGGACUACAAGCGCGACCUUUCACCUCAGGGCCGCCACAGGGGCGUGAUGCGGCCCGUGUCUCCGUGCCGAGGCCUCCACCAGCACCUCCACCUCCACAGCCAGCAGGGCGGCGCCAGAGGCUCCAGGACGAGCCACCAGGGGGAGUUCGCCGCGGGACGGCAGCGAGCCGGCGCCGACAUGGAGACGGAACAUGGGUCCAUCCCUCCGUUGCCAGGGGAACGGGGCCGGGGUACCGGGUCUGGCCCCCCCCACCAGGUCCUGUUCAGCCACCUGCCCCUGCACUCCCAGCUGCAGGUCCGGUCCCCCUUCCCCAUGGUCCCCAUCGGGGGGAUCCAGAUGGUCCACUCGGUCCCGGCCUCCGUCACCGGGGCCCCCCUGGGCCCGGCGGGGGGGCGGGACUCCCCCAGCGCCGGUGGGGGGGGCUGGGCGGAGCGGCCCCCGCCCCCCAGGGACGGGGACUGGGCGGAGCGGCCCCCGCCCCCCAGAGACGGUGGGGGGGGCUGGGCGGAGCGGCCCCCACCCCCCAGGGACGGGGGCGGGGCCCGGCUGGAGCAGGAGGAAAUCAUCCACACCUGCACCAAGGCCAUCGCCUCGCUCUGCAUCGCCACCGCGGAGGGCGGCGGGGGCAGAGGGGCUGAUGGGAAAGAGGCUCCGGCGCCGGCCCCCGGCUCCACCCCGCCCCCGCCGCCUCACCCGGGUCCCGGGAUCCAGCACUUUAGCGGCCUGGAGCCUCCGUACCCCACGCCCCCGCCCUCCUCCUCGCCUCGCCCCCCCAGCCCCGGACCCGACCCCCCACACCCCCCGGAGCGGGACCGGGGCCCCGAAAGCACAAAGUGAGGCUCCGGCGAGUCGCAGCGCGAGAAGAGGAAGUCCAGCCUCUGGGGCCUCCGGGGCGUCCGGGCCACAGGAAGGGAGGAAGUGCACCGUCAAAAUAAAAGACUUACGAACUGAAAUGGACUCAUGCAGCGAACCUGCAAAACCAGACUCUUAUUUAAGGACUUUAAGGAGGAUUUCGGGACCAAAGUCGUCCCUGAAGUGUCUCCGGGUAAACGAGUAAACGAGUAAACGGUACAUCAAAGGAAACAGACUUCUACAUGUGUGCCUUUAUCUUAGUUUUGUUCUCUUGCUUAUGGUCUUAUAAGCAAAACGCAGCAGGAAGGUAAAUGUACAUACAUUACUAUCACUUUUUUGCGUAUCAGCUUUGUAAUAAAUGCACCCCCUCCCUCUCCCAAAUCCCCCCCCCUCGUUUUUUUUGACACCUUAAAAAGUCGAUGUGAAGUUAUGGAUAUUACUAUUACGUACGGUUGCACUAAAACAUAUUUUUAUAUGAGUGAAAUUUUAAAAAAAUGGCUUUUUUGUGUACAGCAGCGGUUCUAUAAUACUAUUUAUUAUUAUUAUUGUUACGUAUGUUUCAUAAAUUGUACAUUUUUCUUAAAUGUUGUGGAUGCCUUUUUCUAUGUGCCGCAUGGGUUUUGCUACGGCUUCUUAGGGACACUGUAAUACGGCUUUACGUGUUUAUACUUUAGACCUAUUUAUAUACGUCUGAGUGAGCCCCCCUCCCCCCCAUAGAGGUAUAUAUACAUAGAUUUGCAAGCAUUCGCUAUAUAGACGACCCGUUUAUCUAUCUGCACUUAACAUUUAGGCCGGCAUCAGCGUCGCUACGCUCGUCCGCUUGUACAUUUUCUGGCUGCGUUUCGCUGCUUGUUUCCCUUUUUUUUUUUUUUGUACUUUAAAUGUUUGUUUUUCUUAUUAUUUUUUUGACCUUUUCUUCACACGGGACGCGUGUGCUCAGCAUUAAGUGCACGAAUGUGUCCUUGAACCGCAGCAUUCAGCUCACAUCUCUCCGAGAGGCGCAGUACCACUUCUGACCACACGGGGGGAGGGGCCGGGGCUUAGCGGGCUGUUCCUGGUCCCGUGAAGCGAAUCGAACCACCGACCGAAGCGUCUGUCCUGUCCCACCUCGUCCCAGUAUUUGCAGGUCAAAGGUCGAAGCAGGUUUAGUCGACACGCAGGGCUUAGCUCGACUGCGCCCACAUUUAUCUGGGUGAGACAUUCGGCCGAACUAAAGAUAUAAACAUGUAUUUUUAAAAACUACCAUUUCAGUAAUGCGAUUAAAUCUUUUCCAGACUUUUAUAAAACGUAAUAACAAAGCGGUGCUAACUAUGCUAGCUCCUGUAACGACUCGGGAGGGCGGGGCCGGGGGCGGGGUUAAUGAUCGUGAUGACAUCACAGCUCGGCGGCGAACUCUGUCAACUGGAUUAGCGCAGGUUUGACGUUAGAGGAGCUUCCGUCCGUUACAGGACGACGUUUCAACUUCCCCCUUUAAACUCUCACAUCACUUACUUUUUGUUGAUGCGAAAUGCAUUCUGGGAUAUUGUGCGAUCUGUAGUCUUUAUAAGACUUCCCUGGAUCUGCAGACGCGCCGGUCCAGCACAUUCGUUCACUAAGGGAUUAGCUCGACUCCGCCCACAUUUAUCUGGGCUAGUGGUCCGACUUCGAGACGUUUGGGCCGAACUAAAGAUAUAAACAUGUAUUUUUAAAAACUACCAUUUCAGUAAUGCGAUUAAAUGUUUUCCAGACUUUUAUAAAACCUAAUAACAAAGCGGUGCUAACUAUGAUAGCUAGUCCCCGUAAAGGUGCAGUAGUUUCUACGACUCGGGAGGGGGCGGGGCUGGGGGCGGGGUUAGCGAUCGUGAUGACAUCACAACUCGGCAGCGAACUCGGUCAACUCGAUUAGCGCAGGUUUGACGUUAGAGGAGCUGCCGUCCGUUACAGGACGACAUUUCAACUUCCUCCUUUACUCCCUUCUAAGCUCUGACAUCACUUCCUUUUUGUUGAUGCGAAAUGCAUUCUGGGAUAUGCGCAGACGCGCUAGCCUCAACAGUACAUUCGUUCACUAACGACCGCUCCUGUUCCCCGCCAUGUGGUCAGAAGUGCCGCCGCUACAUCGAGUGGCUUUAGCUCCGCCCCCUCCCCCCCAGCGCCCGCCUCCACCUGCAUCAUAUUCUUGACUGACGAAAGGAAGACAUUCCAGUCCAUGUAAAUACGGAGUCGUCUCCCACCCCGCGUUACGCCCCCUCCCCACCUCCAAACUCCACCCUGCGGACGCCAACAAACCUAACGAUGCACCUUAAACUUCAUCUGUGAACGUCCCAGCAGUCCGAGGGCAUUCGAGUGUUUGACCUCUGACCCCCACGAAUGAUUUAUAGUUGAUGAUGAUGCGUUUGACCGGCGUGACAUUGAGGCCCGCCUCUAACCCCGCCCCUAACCCCGCCCCCUCCUCCACACCUCUUUAUAGUUGGGAGGGAAUAUGUCAAAAAUCAUGAAGACUGUGCACUUGGUGACAAGUUUUUGAUAUUUGGCAUGGGUUUGGACAUAAGGUUUUCAAAAACCACCGCAAACAAAUUGGGACGGCCCCCUAGUGGCCGGUUUGCAGAAAAUUCAAAAUGGCUCCCGCCGAAGAGACCAAAGGCCAUAUCUCAGCUUCUCUCAGUCCUAGAUUGUUUCGUAUAUUGUCACUUUUUCUACUUUUUUGGUGCUAGGAAUUCAAUUCUGAGAUAAAUUUCCUAUUUCAAGGUCAUGUUGAAGGUCAACUUUAAUUUUCAAGGUAAUUUUUUGCCCCAAAAAACUUAAGAAUUAAGUCACAUAAAAAUAUUGUAUAGGGUUCUAGACCCCUAUUUUCACCCCCAAGGAAUGCAAUUUUCUGUUUAUUGGACAGGUCACUAUCGCUGUAGUGUCAAUCUCACUGGGUGAGAACAGUGGCCUUCAUUCAGGCUUAACGAACAGAACCUCAGAACUAAGUCACAGAAUAGGAUUUUAUUAAAAUAACACACAGAAAACAUCAGCUGCGCAUAUUUAAACUCACUUAACACCUACAAUGCUGCCUCUAGCGCCUCGCUUAUUGAUUCACUUUGAAUUUUCUGCAAACCGGCCACUAGGGGGAAGUCCCAAUUUGUUUGCGGUGGUUUUUGAAAACCUCAUGUCCAUAACUAACACCAUGCCAAAUAUCAAAAACUUGUCACCAAGUGCACGUUUUUCAUGAAUUCCCUCCCAGCUAUUAGUAGCUAAGCAAUAUUUGGCCCAAACUCUGCCCACCAGCAGGGAGUGUGUUGGUUGCCAGGCAACGAGCGAGCGUUUCAAACUCUUUAAGCCAGGAGACGAAGGGACGAGGGGGAAGGGGGGGGUUAGGGUCGUGUCCUUUCCCUUGUGGGCGGUUCCGGGCCGAGCCGGGCCGAGCCGAGUCGGGCAGGCUGCAAUGUGAGUGUGUAUGUCUGUAUUGUGUAUCGGUGUGUAUUCAACCAGUAUAUCCUCUUCUUACGACUUUUUUCUAUUUCGAACGCUCCUGUUAUGUACACUUAUCAUGACGAUGAUGUCUUUAAAAAUAAAAACUCUCUUAUCAAAGCACAAGUCGUUGUAUAGAAAUGACGAUACAAAAAACUUAAAAAAGUUUAAAAACUGACAAAAAAAAAAAGGUAAACAUGCAUUUAAAGGGUAACUUUUGUGAUGGUGUUCUGUGGAGUUGAUACGACUUUCAUGUAUGACCCAAGAUGCAACGGGAAUUUGCAGUAGAAGUGGAAGAAAUGGAUUGUUGUUUCCAAAUAAAUAUGAAUAGAAGAAUUUAGGUCUCUGCAGUUUUAUUGGAGCGUCUGAGAGCUGUCACUUCUUUAGCUCGCCGGCGAGGACGAUGAUUUAUGAGAUUGAUAAAGUUUACGCCUCAAGAAAGGAGCCAA